GGAUAUAAAACCCUUGGAGCCAUAUCAUGAUCUACACAAUAGGCUUCCAAUUUCUCAUUGUUAAACUCAAUAGACAGCAAAGCAACUUUCGGAAUACAAUGGCUUACGUAGAUUCGUGGGACGAAUUUGCAGAACGAGCUGUUCUGCUAUUUCGAUCCGAUCCAACAAGAUAUGUAAUGAAAUACAGGCAUUGCGAUGGAAAAUUGGUUCUUAAGGUCACUGAUAAUAAAGUGUGUCUAAAAUUCAAGACAGAUCAGGCUCAAGAUGCAAAGAAAAUGGAGAAGCUCAAUAAUGUUUUCUUUACAUUGAUGGCUCGUGGCCCUGAUGUUGAUCCAACAGAAGAGUUAGCAAAAGAACAGGCAGCUUCUCAAAUGACCAAAAAGGGCCGAGGAAGGAGACAAUGAUUGUUGCAUUUGUAAAACGUACUUUGCUUUACUAAGUCCAAUUUUUGUCUUUGUGUUAAGGCUAAUUAAAAUUGCAUUUAGAAUAGAGCUGGGGCAAUGCAACAUACGAUUUAAUGUUUGAGGACGUUUGAGAAGGGGAAAAUCUAGAAUUAUGCUUUGUCCUUAUGAUAGCAAUAUCCAGUUCCAGUUUUGUAUUGGCUUUA